AUGGUCACCACUGCCGAAUUCUCCUUGUGUUUUGAGCAGCUUCUGUUUUCCAGCCACAUCCAAACCAUUCAAGAUGCAGAACAACCGUCUGUGUGUGAGCUGCGGGCCAAGAUUUGCCUGAGCGGGCCUCUUCCACGCGUGCCCGCGGUGCACGCGAGCAGCCAGCAGGUGGCGGCAGAGAGACAGGAGUGGUCCACAGAAGAGCCCAGCUCAGAGCCGAGCCGCGCGAACCCACCGAGCCCGCGCUCAGAAGCCAGAUCUCCCACCGACAGGCCGCUGGUUUCGGAAGGCUGCUGGGUCCUUCCUCUCUCCCAAGUGCAGGCAGAGCCCCCCUGGAGCUAUGGCCAGCCCUUCCGGCAGCCCCGAGGACACGGGCAAGCUCAGAGGCAGGGAUGGCCGGCAGAGGCGGGAGGAGGAGGAUGCCCCUCCGGAGGAGAAGAGGUUGAGGCUGGGGCUGGAAGGAGGAAGUGCAGCGAAGGAGGAAGGAGAAGACGCGCCACGACUGGGCAGGGAAGAGACCGGCAUCCAGACAGGUGUUGAAGACAGAGGUGAUCUACUGUCCCUGCCAUACAGCCUGGUCGAGGGUGAGGACUACACAUCUGAAAAUUCAGCCCUCCUCUCCAGU